UCACGAAACGUCAAAGCAAUGUGCGAAAUGUCAACCCGUUUCUCUUUCUCUAUAUCCGGUCAGCCAUAAGACCUCCUUCAAGAUGAGGAAAAUUAUGAAACAAGGUAAAAUCGUAAUCGUCCUUAGUGGACGUUACGCGGGUCGUAAGGCCAUCAUUGUGAAAACUUCAGAUGACGGCACACCGGAGAAGCCCUUCGGACACGCGCUUGUCGCUGGUAUCGAUCGGUAUCCACGCAAGGUGACCAAAAAGAUGGGCAAGAACAAGUUGAAGAAGAAGUCCAAGAUAAAGCCUUUCUUGAAAGUGUUGAACUACAAUCAUUUGAUGCCCACCCGUUAUGCUGUGCACGAUAUCUCGUUCGAAAAAUUGUCGCCAAAGGAUCUUAAAGACCCUGUUAAGAAGAAGACACAUCGUUUCCAGACGCGCGUCAAAUUUGAAUCCACCUACAAGGAGGGCAAGAACAAGUGGUUCUUCCAAAAGCUGCGUUUCUAAACCAACAACAUUUGGAUUACUUGAUACGUAGUUAAUUAAGCCCCUUUAAUUUUUAUACAUUUAAAAACAUAAUUUUCUAUGUUUUAAUUGUGUGGAAGAAGUGUUAGAAGUGAUACAGUUGGUGGUAAGAUUGUUGGAAUCCAAACAACAGCAGUCUUUAAAUAAAGUGAUUCUAAAAAUCAAA